GUGAAUUCUUGCUCUUUAUAAGUUGACAUUUGUGAAGUCUUGAUGUGUAUUAAGUUGAGAAUUUGCCUGUUUUUUUCUUUAGCAAUUACUUAGUAGUCUUCAACAAUGUCUCACACUUUUUCAUCUUCCAAAAUUUGCAAGUAUGAUGCUUUUUUGAGUUUUAGAGGUGAAGAUACACGUAAAAGUUUUGUGAGUCAUCUCUAUAAUGCUUUAGUACAAAGAGAAAUAGAUGUUUUUAAAGACGAUGAGCGUCUGGAAACAGGAAAAUCAAUUUCUUAUGAACUACCAAAAGCCAUAGAAGAGUCUAGAUUUGCUAUUGUGAUAUUUUCCGAAAGCUAUGCAUCAUCAAAAUGGUGUUUAGACGAGCUUGCACACAUCAUAAAAUGUCGAAAUGAAUUGAAUCAAAUUGUAAUUCCUAUUUUUUACAAUGUGAAUCCAUCAGAUGUAAGUCAUCAAAAUCCCCCUUUUGCUAAUUGGUUUUCCAAAUACGAAGAAAAAUACAAAGAUGAUAUCGAAAAGGUUCAAAGAUGGAGGGAUGCACUUGCAGUGUCUGGAAAAAUAGCAGGGUACCAUUUACAAAAUUUCAAGGAUGAGGCAGAUUGCAUCAAAAAAGUUGCUGACAGAAUAAUGUCAUUAUUGCGUAUGGAAUUCGAUGAGGACGACGAUGAAGUUUAUUCCGUUGGAAAAAGUGGUACAGGCGUUAACUCUCCGAUUCUUCUUGAUGGAGGCAAACUGAGUAUUUCGCUGGAUAAGAAGACGAGGAAGAAAUGUUUUAUGGUACCAGCAAGGGGACUUGAUAUUGAAUGGGGUAAUAAUCCAGAGCAUUGGGAAUGGUUAUCUCAUCCGGAUUCCAGAUUCGCGGAAGUGGCUAAACUCAAGUGCGUCUAUUGGCUUGAUAUUCAAGGCAAAAUUGAAACUCGAAUACUAUCAAAAAGAACCAAAUAUGUUGCUUAUCUAGUAUUCAAAUUGGAGGACAAAUUUCAUGGACUUGAAACUGUUAAUGCAGUUGUUAGAUUUGUUGAUUCUAUGAGUGUCAAAGAGGCCGAAAAACGAGCUAGUGUUGUGCAUUUUUCAGGACGAGGACCUAGAGCGACGCUACCUUUUAGAAGAGGUGAUGGAUGGAUGGAAUUAAAAAUGGGAGAUUUUUACAAUGAUGCAGGAGAAGAUGGAGAUGUUGAUGCGCGAUUGAUGGAGACUAGGCGUCUUGAUGAAAAAGCUGGGCUCAUUGUUCAAGGAGUGGAGUUUCGUCCGGAAUGAAGAAGAGAAGAAUCAUCCUCUUAUAUUAUGCCUUUUUGUUUUUGUCUCAUUAUUUUUAUAUAUGGUCCUUCUCGAGGAAUGUAUUGUAUUGAUUGAGAGAACUGAAUUUGAUUAGACUAUGUGCAGUUCAUAAUAAGGUCUAUCUUUUAAAUAUUUAAUAUGAUUCUACAAGAUUUAGUUUCGUUCAA